UAUCAUUUGAGCAAAAUGGAAGGUAAAAUGGAGAGAAAACUUUGUUCCAAAAGUGAUCAGCCGUUAAGGGAACAAAAUGAGGAAGAAAAGGCGAAAACCAGUGGUUCUUUAACAAUAACCAAGAAGGAAAUUGAUAGGGCCCAAACUGAUCAUUCUAAGCCCAGGAAGGACGUGGCAAGUGCAGGAGAGUUUUCUGACCCAGUGUACAAGAAGCUGGCUAGGCUGAAUGGAGAGGUCAACAAGAUGACUAAAGACCAGCUGAAAGCAAAACUGACAGAACUCAAACUAGACACCAACGGAGUGAAGGAAGUUCUGAAACGUCGAUUAAAGAAUGUCUACAAGAAGCAAAAGUUAAUGAAGGCCCGCAUUAAGCCCCCAGGCAGCACCAAAUAUGACUACCUUGUUGUCAUUGACUACGAAGCCACAUGUGAGAGGGAGGUGGAUGACUAUCAGCAUGAGAUCAUCGAAUUCCCAGCCAUACUAGUAGAUGUAGCCGACAUGAGCAUUGCAGAUGAGUUUCACUCCUACUGCAGGCCUGUGUUGAACCCCAAGCUGACAGAAUUCUGUGUACAGCUGACAGGCAUCACACAGACUAAAGUGGCAGCUGCACCAAAGUUUCCACAGGUUCUGACAUCUUUCUCAGAAUGGAUGCAAGGUCACCAUCUAGGAGAUGGACACUCAUUUGCCAUCGUCACAGAUGGUCCGUGGGACAUGAGCCGGUUCCUCCACAUGCAGUGUCAGUUCAGUGGCCUUGACUUCCCGCGGUGGGCUCGCAAGUGGGUCAACAUCAGGAAAGUGUACAGCAACUUCUACCAGUGUCGUCGAUGUGGUAUCGAGGCCAUGCUCAUCAGCCUAGGAAUGACCUUUCAAGGUCAGCUUCACUGUGGGAGGGAUGAUGCCAGGAACAUCGCUCGCAUCGCAUUGCGACUUCUCAGUGAUGGUGCUACUCUCAAAAUUAAUGAGUAUUUAACACAGAGCACCAACCGUCGACAAGACAGGACAGGCGAAGUGGAAAAUGUUUCCCCUUCAAAUCCGGUACCUUCAGAUAUCUGCUCAGAGGAUGAGUUGGAAACAGGAGAUGGUGCAAAGGUCACUGAUGAGGUCAAAGCAAAGGUCAAGGCCAAUAAGGUUGAUUCAGAAUUAUCAAGUGGUGUUAAACAGCUGUCUCUUCAGGAUGAACAGGAUGACGGUAUUGAAGAUUUGCUGGCUUACUACAAACUGCAGUCUUCCUAACGGGCACCACUGUGACCAGCUGUUGGCCAUAAUGUCAUGACCUCUGUAACUGCAUUGUGGUUCACACUCACCACUGAUUGGAUGAUGUUCUAAUUGUUUCUACUGAGCUGAUUGGAUGAUGUCCUGAUUGCUUCUACUGAGCUGAUUGGAUGAUGUCCUGAUUGCUUCUACUGAGCUGAUUGGAUGAUGUCCUGUUGCUUCUACUGAGCUGAUU